AUGGCGCCUCCAAAUGGGCACCUGCUGCUCCCCAAGAUAUGGAGAGCAGCUAGGUUUGCCUAUGAAAAGGCUUCCAAGGCCAUUCGGUCUAAGUUACCAGAACCACAAUACAAACCAUUGCGAUAUCAACCAGCCUAUGCCCGCAUCAACCGCCAGCCAAUCAGUCGUGCCGCUGCCAUCCGUCAAGCCCGCAGUCGCCACUUCUCGACUCGUGCCGCGGGUGCUUUCACCUCUGCGAUUAGAUCUACAUUCGGUGCCGAAGGUACCGCACAUGCCACUUCUCGCAUUGCAUCCAGCAUUGGUCGACUGAGCAGCCGCGCACCCUUUGCUUCCACCCUCCGUCCCAAUCUGACCGGUGGUACUCUCGGCCGCACUGCAGGAGGGUACGCUGUUGGAGCAGGUCGCUUUGGCGGAGCCAGAUACUUUUCUCAUGGUCCUGCAGCCCCGGCACAGGUUAUUCAGAAUGUGUCCCAGGGUGUCCGUGCCUUCUUCCUGUCUGGUCAGAAGGUUCGAUUCGAUGGGAUUGAUCCCAGCACCGGUGAGAAGCGGUACAAGGCUGUCACCGUUCUCCAGGACCAGGCAGAGCGCAAGAUGAACUCCAUCCCGCGCAACACCCCUGGCUCGUACCUUGACUUCCAGGUUUCUCCUACCGUCACUGCAUUCGGUGCUUUGGGCGGUCUCGCUCAGACUUCGUCGGCCCCAUGUGACACCCUAAACUCCGAGGGACUCAUGGAUCUCCUCUCUGCCGACUUUGCUCGUGCCCUGAAGGAUUUCGCGGCUAUCAUGAAUGAUCUUAAGCGUUUGUCGUCGCUCGGUGAUCUCCCGAUCACCCUUCACGAACGAUCAACCAUACGGGUACGUUUCCCAGGCUGCGACGCAGACACAGUGGAGCGACUGUGUGAUGAAGCCGGAGUUCAGCGGGGUCGCAUCGUCCAGGAUGAAGACUUUGAUCUUCGCACUGGUGCCGAUAUGGCUUUAUUGUUUCCCUUCGCACCCAGCGUUGCACCGUCCCCUGACACCGACUAUUAUUUCGAAAAGGCUCCCAAGAUGAAGACCCAGUAUCCCCAGGAUUUGGACUGGCAUGGAAUGAUGACACCCUCUUCGCCGGGUGUUAGCCGUGACUCUGGAAAUGCUAUCAGCUUCGAGGAUAGUCAGCUCUAUGGUGCCAAUCCCUGGAGAACCUCGUCUCAAAGCUAUUCCAGUAUCAAUGUCAGUGAGCUUGGCGAUCAGCCUUUCUUCCCAGAACUCUCCAGCGCUGGUCUGCCAGAGAGUACGUCUGCUUACGAAGGCGUUGAGGGUAUCUACAAGUUCCUGGCUGAAUGUGAUCGUGCCCAGCGUUCAUGA